UUUUUAUAUAUAUGACAGAUUUCAAAAGAUUAUUUGCACAUACUUCCCUUGAAAAAUUUCGAAUUAAAUAUAUUUAUUGUGCAAUGAUGAAUGAGGUGUUGCCUGGACUUUAUGUUGGAGGUUUGAGGUUGUCAUAA